AUCACAACCACUUCUCUAAUUUUUUUUAAUCUUUUCCCCCUAUUUUACCUUUUGUGCCAUAACAUUUGAAUUUGAAGAAACUCAAUAAGUUUACACCACAAGAAUGGACAUACGAGUCUUGAUUUUGGCAUGUACAAUCUUUACAUGGAUCUUCCUUCACCGAUGGAACCAACGAUCCAGAAAAGGCCCAAAAACUUGGCCCCUUGUUGGAGCCGCUAUCGAGCAACUAAUGAAUUAUGACCGAAUGCACGAUUGGUUGGUUAACUAUCUAUCAAAGUCAACCACUGUUGUGGUCCCAAUGCCCUUCACCACUUACACUUACAUAGCCGAUCCGGCUAAUGUAGAGCAUGUUCUUAAAACCAACUUUGCAAACUACCCAAAGGGCGAAGUGUAUCAUUCGUAUAUGGAGGUUUUGCUUGGAAAUGGAAUCUUCAAUUCUGAUGGAGAGAAUUGGCGAAAACAAAGAAAAACCGCAAGUUUUGAGUUUGCUUCUAAAAACUUGAGGGAUUUUAGCACGGUGGUCUUCCGAGAGUAUAGCCUCAAGCUCUCUUCAAUUCUAAGCCAUGCAGCUUUUCAGAACAAACAACUAGACAUUCAGGAACUAUUGAUGAGGAUGACUUUGGAUUCGAUAUGUAAGGUGGGAUUUGGAGUAGAGAUUGGUACAUUGGCUCCUAACUUACCCGAAAACAAAUUUGCCAAAGCAUUUGAUGCUGCAAACAUUAUAGUCACUCUUCGGUUCAUUGAUCCACUAUGGAAAAUCAAAAAGUUUCUAAGAGUAGGUUCGGAAGCCAUUCUUGACCAAAGCAUAAAAACCAUUGAUGACUUUACAUAUUCAGUCAUCCAUAAAAGAAAAUCCGAAAUAGAAGAAGCUCAAGAGGGUCCUAAUAACCAUAAGAUGAAACAUGACAUAUUAUCAAGAUUUAUCGAGUUACGAAAAGACCCAGAAAACAACAUCAAUGACAAGAGUUUGAGAGACGUUGUAUUAAACUUUGUAAUUGCGGGACGUGACACCACAGCAACAACUCUUUCGUGGGCCAUUUACAUGAUCAUGACUCACAAUCAUGUUGCAGAAAAACUGUAUACAGAACUUAAAGCAUUUGAACAAGAAUGUGCGAAAGAAGAACAAGUGUGUUUAGAUCCUUGUGAUGAAACACAAGAUCUUGAAUCUUUUGACAUGAGAACAAAACAAUUUGCUGAACUUAUGAGCUACGAUUCGCUUGGAAAGUUGUACUAUUUGCACGCUGUCAUCACAGAAACACUUCGGUUGUAUCCUGCUGUACCUCAGGACCCAAAAGGAAUCUUGAACGAUGAUAUUUUACCUGAUGGAACGAAAGUAAAAGCAGGAGGUAUGGUGACAUAUGUACCUUAUUCGAUGGGACGAAUGGAGUACAAUUGGGGCCCAGAUGCAAAUCAAUUUAAACCCGAAAGAUGGCUUAAAGAUGGGUUUUUCCAAAACGCGUCUCCUUUCAAAUUCACUGCAUUUCAGGCUGGCCCAAGAAUAUGCCUUGGAAAAGACUCGGCCUACCUACAAAUGAAAAUGGCGCUUGCAAUUUUGUGUCGAUUUUUCAAGUUCGAAUUGGUGAAAGGACAUGUGGUGGAUUACAGAAUGAUGACAAUUCUGUCAAUGGCAAAUGGAUUAAAGAUUACAGUUUCGAAGCGUUCAUAAAAUACUUUACAAUUUCGUUAAAAUAUAUAUAUGUUGUAUGAAUUAUGAUCUUCAAUCAUAUUUGGAUUAUUACACUAAGAUAGUAAUUCUCCCUUCGUGUUUCUAUAAUCUUCUAUUUCUUCAUGUACCAUUGAUGUCACACGAACAUGAAAUCCGGGAUAUGGUUCGUACCCAAAAAAGUUAUGGAGUGCCUGAAUUAGGAGAAAAAAAAAUCGUAUAAUCAAAUUUUAGCUUAAUUUUAGUUUUUGAUGAAUUAUACGUUGAAAAUAGAAGUUAAUUACCUCAAAUAAAACAAAGAAUGGGGCCAUUAUGAAGGCUUGUAAAAUGUUGUCUAGAAGGGCUGGUGCUCUUCUCUGUGAUUUUUUUUAUUUAUUUAUUAGAAGUUAUAUGCAAUUUAUGAAAGAAAUCAUUAUAUAUUAUUUUUUGUUUCAUAAACAAAUAAAAGAAUUUUGUGAAGCAGAAAA